AUCAUAGAAGAGCCUUAUAAUAGCUUUACAAAUAUAGCAAAACAAUUAUAUUCAAAAGUAGAAUCAAUUUCUGAAAUAAAAAUAGAAGUAUUCAUACUACAAAUAGAAGAUAACAUAUUAGAAGACACAGCAGAUCUUUCUACAAAAGAACUUCAAGCAGAAACAAAUAACAUAAAAGAAAUUAGGAAAGAACAAGAAGUAGUAAACUAUGAAGAACUAUAUAAAAAUUGUUAUUAUAU